AUGUGCAAGAGGUUGUGUGUCAAAGAAAGUGAAUAUUUUAAACCGCGAAAUGAAGAUAUUAAAGUUGAAAAAUUUAUACUAGUAAAGGUCAUGGGAGGAUCUACAAAGAAGACAGUUUACCGCUACACGGCAGUAGUACAGGAUGUUAGUUUUGACAACGGAAAACCAGAGAUUGAACUCCUGGGGAUGAAGUCUUCUGACAAGACAAGAAAAUUAUUUAUCCCCCAACCCGACGAUGAAUUUGUGGUGGAUAUGGAAGACGUGAUAGCUAUUUUGCCUGCUCCUAUCAUUAAUAAUUUUAACGGAAUAGUGACUUAUUCAUUCGAAAUGGAAAUCGACGUUUACGAAAUGUAA